AUGUACAAGAAGCUUGCCAAGGUUAGGGACGAGCAGGACGCCGCCCGCCCCGGGGGCCAAGACGGCGCGAACGGCGCCACGGGGCGGCCGCGGAUAAUCCUCGUCUCCCGCAGGCUGCCGUACAAGCUUCAGAUGACGCCAUCUGGCCGGUGGACGACGGAGAUCCCGAAGGCGGACCAGGCGCUGCAGAGCUACAGGGUGGUGCACGAUUUGAUGGAAUGCAUUUGGGUGGGGUGGCCCGGAACGUACGUGGAGCCCGGUCGGGAAUGCAGCCUGACGGACCAGCUCAAGGACCGACGCCUUGUGCCGAUAUUUCUGGAUGCCGCGAUGGAGGACAGGUUCUACGAGGGUUUCUGCAAGACCAUCCUUUGGCCGCUCUUCCACUCGUCCAUGCCCACGACGGAAGACACCAUCGCCUGCCACGACGCCGACUCGAUCGAGGAGCAGCGGGAGGAGCGCCAGCUGUGGUUGGCUUACAAGGCGGCGAACCAGAGCUUUGCGGACACGAUCCAGGACGUCUACAGGGACGGCGACCUCAUCUGGGUGCACGACUACCACCUCACCAUGCUGCCGCAGAUGCUGAGGAACGUGUUGCCCUCGGCCAAAAUCGGCUUCUUUUUGCACCUUCCCUUCCCCUCGUCCGAGAUCUACCGCAUUUUGCCGUAUCGCGAACAAAUCCUGGAGGGGAUCCUCAGCUCCGACAUCGUCGGGUUCCAGACGUACGACUACGCGAGGCACUUCCUGUCAACGGUGGAGAGCCUGCUCGACGCUAACUGCUCCCCUCAGGGGGUGGAACACAACGGGCACUUCGCGAACGUGACGAUCUGUCCGGUUGGCAUCGACCCGGAUGCGGUGACGCAGCUGUGCCACCAGCCGGACGUGAUGAGGCUCAUGCAGCGGUGGUCCAAGCAGACCAGGAACAAGUCGAUGCUUCUCGGAGUGGACAGCCUGGACGCUACCCGGGGUCUUGUGCAGAAGUUUCUCGCCGUGGAGGAGAUGUUCGAGAUGCAGCCGGGCCUCGCAGACAAGGUCAACUUCGUGCAGGUUUGCUUCACGGGGCCGCACUCCCGAGAGCACAUGUUGCUGGAGGCGCAGGUGCAGGGCUUCGUGGCAAGGGUCAACUCCAAGCUGGGGAGUAUCGACGAGGUCGGGCCGGUGCAGUUCUUCCUGAACGUCAACCCCGAGUUGAAAGCACUGUGUAACUGCCUCGAG